AAACUUGGAGACCUGCCUCUUCCAUAUCUAUCUUUUCUCAUCCAUAUCACUCUCAUGAAUUCUAAAUUCUGGUCAUGAUUUGAUUUGAUGCUUUCUUUCUCUGAUCAAUAUGGUUCUUCAUCACAGGAAGCUGAUGAUGCAAGAAGCCUGUGAAUUCAUCUGUCAUGGAAAGGAUUCAGGAUCAUCAUGUUCAUCAGACUGCAGAGUUUGCCUCAAAAUCUGCCUAACCAAUCCUCCUCAAUUUCCUUAUUUCUUCCCUUCUCCUCCACCAUCACCACCACAAUCUUCUUUCUACAUAGAUGUUGAUGAUCACCACCACCACCACCACAGAGUUUCCUCCUCCACCUACCUGAUCCUCACUCUUGCUCUUCUCGGUGCUGCUUUCUUUGUUGUUUGCUGCAGUGCAAUCUACACCAGGCUCUGUUCCAGAAACAGGGGAAUAAUUUCACAGAGGGAGGAAACAGAGGAGGUGCAUGAUGAUUUUCUUGAUGAAGAACAUGGUGCAAUUGUGGACCACCCCAUUUGGUACAUCCGAACUACUGGUCUUCACCAAUCGAUUAUCAAGGCAAUCACGGUUUGCAGGUAUAAGAAAGGUGAGGGGUUGAUUGAAGGAACAGAGUGCUCUGUUUGCUUGAGUGAGUUUCAAGAGAGUGAGAGUUUGAGACUUUUGCCUAAGUGUCACCAUGCUUUUCAUUUACCUUGUAUUGAUACAUGGCUUAAUUCUCAUACCAAUUGCCCCAUGUGUCGUGCUCCCAUUGUUACUGACCCUGCUGCUAGAGUUCCAUCUAUGGAGUCUGUUGUUGCUGUUGAUUUGGAACAUGCCCAGAUGGAAAUUUUGGAAAAUAGUGGUGAAUCUGGUGAAGGAAUGGAAAAUGAUGCUUCUGAUAAUAAUUCUGAAUUGAGGAAUAGGGUAGAUGAAGAAGGCCAAUUAGAAGUUGAAGAUGGGGCUAGGAUUUGUGAAGCUGAAGGCACAGAUGCAGGGGUGGUGAGUAUUCACCCUAAGAGAUCAGUUUCUCUUGAUUCUUUUUCUGUUGCAAAUAUCAAUCUUGCUGCUAUUGGAACUUUUCUAUCAAGGGAAUCUAAUGGUGCUAACUCACAUAGAGUGCUGGAGGGUGUUGUUGAAUUUGAACCUGGUGUUUCAAAGAGGGUUAGUGGGAAUGAGAAUCUGGCUAUUAUAUCAAAAGGUAGCUCUUCUUUCAGGUCAUUGAGAUAUCUGAGAGGUGUUCCUAGCUCAAUGAAGAGGUCACGUUCCUACAAUGGGAAAUACCUUCUGUCCUGGUAUAGCCGCAGUCAGAAGAAGCAAAAUGCUAAUCUGAGAAGCUUUUAAUUGUCCUACUAGUUUAAAUAUGAGUUGUAAACUCUCAACAAGCUGAGAGUUUCAAUGUUUUUUUAUGUAUGCAUCAAACAAAUUGUGUAACACCUAUACUCAAGUGUAUAAGUUUUACAUGUAAACUCUCAACAAGCUGAGAGUUUCAAUGUUUUUACAUGUAUGCAUCAAACAAAUUGUGUAACACCUAUACUCAAGUGUACAAUAGAAAAAUAAACCGUGCUUAAUUUUGCAAUGGAUGCUUAAGAAUUAUGGAGUCUAA